AAGACAUGUAGUUUUUAACAUCAAUUUUUUUUAAAAGUCUUAAUAGAAAAUAAACUUUUUAUUUUUCAUUUGAACUGCGUGUGUGCUUCUAAUUUGUGCUGCUAUUAUGGAAGAGGAUUUGGUGUACAGCGAAGGAGGGCCGGCGACAGCUGAGAUGAAGAUGCAAAGUCUUCCCCAUGAGAUCAGAAAACUAAGGGCAUGUCUCCUCUGUUCACUCAUUAAGACAGAAGACCAGUUUGAGUUAGACGGAUGCGACAAUUGUGAUGAUUUUCUACACAUGCGAAGCAACUCGGAGAACGUGCAUGACUUCACCAGUUCCAACUUCGAAGGCAUGAUUGCUCUCACGAGUCCUGAGGAGUCGUGGGUUGGUAAGUGGCAGAGGGUGGACAAGUGUGUUCAAGGCAUGUAUGCAAUCUCGGUGUCAGGCACUCUGCCUCGCCACAUCCAGCAGGAACUGAAGUCACACGGGAUAGUCUACAGGUCAAGGGACACCAGUCACAAGUAGAAGAAAGAUACAUAAGCACGCACUCAUACGCGAAACCCAAAAACCGGAUGACUGGAAAGGAAAAUGGUAUUCGAAUUGAAUAUAACAUAAACUGCUACGUCCUGAGAUGUACAAACUAAUUUAAUGGCUGAUUUUAUUGUGACAUAGUUUUUAUUUCUUUGAAAAAGUUACUGUACGUUUCACAAAAGUGAUGUACGUUUCAAGUCAAAUUUGAGCCAUCUCGAGAAGGAUGCAUCUGAACAUUUGAUUGGCUGAUCAAUGCGAAUUAGUAUUCUUGUCGGUCGGUAUUUCGUUUUUAUAAGGUAACGUGUGUUUUUGGGGGAAAAGUCAAAGUUUUCGGAUUAGUGAUGUAAUAUAUGUCUUUUUUGAGUGCUUCUUUGCUGCGCUAUUGUACUCUUUUAAAUAGUUCUCUACGAUUGUUUCUGUUUUAAUUUAAUUUAAGUAUUUGAG